CGGGGUGACCCGGGGCGGGGCGGGCUGGGGAAGGAAGGAGGAGGAAGAGGGUCGGGGCAGUGGUGGUGCCAGGACCAGCCUCCGGAGAUACCCCCCAAGGGAUAGAUACCCCAUGUUACCCCACCACCAGAAGAGUCUGGGCAGAGACUGGACUGCACCGUGGGAGAAUCCGCAGAGGUCUUGCUGGAGCAGACACAUCUCUAGUUGCAUGAGGUGGCCUGGACAUUACUCUCGCGCUCCUUACCCCUACUUCAGCAGUCGGCAGUUUUCACUAAACUGGAGACCACCUUGUCUGUUUGAGUCUAGAACGCACUUUCAGUACUGGAAUUGGAGACCUGACAACCUGGGCCAGACGUCUUUGAUUCACCUGUCUAGUUACGUCAUGACCUCUGAGGGAGAUGAGCCUGCAUCAAAACGAAGAAAACACCAAGGUAUUGUGAAUAAGGAAAAUGCUCUUCGUUAAGCCAUAUUUGUGACUUCCGAUAUUUCACUAAUACUUUUCAAUCAAGAGAACAGCAUUGCUAACUUGCCUGUCACUUUAAAGUGGUAUUUGAAGGAUUUGUGUGACACAAUUAUGACUUUCUAAUUAGGCACCCUAAAAACCCAGUCAGCCCUGUUGCUUACUUUCUUUGAUUCAUCUGUCUUCUCUGCUGUGAUCACCUUGUUCCUCCCGACAUGGAAGGGUUCAUGAUGUCUUUGCAGAAUAUAAACCAUCACACAUUCCUGGUUGCUGCAUGCUAGGCACCAUAAAACGACAUUGGGAAUACAUAUGUAACCACAAUAAAGAAAAAACAGAGAUCCCGGGGGACAAUGUCGACCCCACGUGUGAAGACAGUGAGAGCAAGUUUGACUUCUCAGUGAUGUCCUAUAACAUCCUUUCCCAGGAUCUGCUAGAAGAUAACUCCCACCUCUACAGACACUGCCGGCGACCAGUGUUACACUGGAGUUUUAGGUUUCCCAAUAUUCUGAAAGAAAUCAAACACUUCGAUGCAGAUGUACUUUGUUUGCAAGAAGUUCAAGAAGAUCAUUAUGGAACAGAAAUCAGGCCAAGUUUGGAAUCGUUGGGUUAUCACUGUGAAUACAAGAUUCGGACAGGCAAGAAACCAGAUGGCUGUGCCAUUUGCUUCAAACAUUCCAAGUUUUCACUCUUAUCAGUGAACCCAGUGGAAUUCUACCGUCCUGAUGUCCCUCUGUUGGACAGAGACAAUGUAGGACUGGUGUUGCUCCUGCAGCCCAAAAUUCCAAGCGGCGCCUGUCCUGCAAUCUGUGUGGCUAACACGCAUCUGCUCUAUAAUCCAAGGCGAGGCGACAUAAAGCUGACCCAGCUGGCAAUGCUUCUGGCAGAGAUCUCCAGUGUUGCCCAUCAGAAAGAUGGCAGCUUCUGCCCUAUCGUUAUGUGUGGGGACUUUAAUUCUGUUCCUGGUUCUCCACUCUAUAGUUUCAUAAAGGAAGGAAAAUUGAAUUAUGAAGGACUCGCCAUAGGAAAGGUAUCUGGCCAGGAACAGUCUUCACGGGGACAAAGAAUUUUAUCUAUUCCAAUUUGGCCCCCAAACCUAGGUAUCUCCCAGAACUGUGUGUAUGAGGCACAGCAGGUACCAGAAGUAGAAAAGACAGACACUGAUCUGACACAAACACAGCUGGAUAAAACAGAAGUCCUUGUGACAGCUGAAAAGUUGUCUUCACAUUUACAGCACCAUUUCAGCUUGUCGUCUGUUUAUUCACAUUAUUUCCCCGACACUGGGAUUCCAGAAGUGACCACCUGUCACUCCCGAAGCGCCAUAACGGUGGACUACAUAUUCUAUUCUGUGGGGAAGGAAGAUGUUGCCGGGCAGCCAGGAGCUGAAGUUGCUUUGGUUGGUGGCUUGAAACUUCUGGCUAGACUGUCACUUCUUACAGAACAAGACUUGUGGACAGUUAACGGACUCCCAAACGAAAACAACUCUUCAGAUCAUCUGCCUUUACUGGCCAAGUUCAGACUGGAGCUCUGACUCUUCUGUGAUGAUGUAUUUUUCUUCCCAGUUUUUAUUCUUUUCCAGAGACUGAAAGUGUUCUUAAGAGUUUGCAUGUUGUUUAUUUUUGUGCUGUGGAGUUUCUGAAGAGGUUGUGUUAAAUGCUUGGAACAGAUAUCAGAAGAAACAAGUUUACAGCAGUUCUCUUUUUUAAUAAUGAAAGAAUAUUUUCCUGACAAAUGAAAUCUAAAUGCUCUUUAUUGUAUAAAAAAACUGUAAAUAUUUUUUAUUCUAAAUUCCAGUAAAAUAGACAGUGAUUUUAAAAUACAGUGCAUCUUCUUUAGUCCUCUUA